UGGUAAAACUGAAAGAGAAAGAAAAACUAACUCACUAGUCACUCACGGAAGACAGUGGGUUUCAGCUGAAGAAACAUUAACAGAAUUCACAUGUGGACGAAAUCAAAAUGGAUCAUUAUGGCUGCAGAUAUAAGGGCUUGAUGGAGCAAGGAUCAACAUGUCACCUGAACAGCGUUCUCCAGGUGUUGUUUAUGACCAAAGAGUUCAGAGAGGCCGUGGAAAGGAACAACAGUGAUGAUGAAUCUCUUGAUUUCCAUCUCAAGAAUCUUUUUACGGACUUGAAGCAACAAACAGGCGACACUAAACACAUCACUGAGAAGCUGGGAAUUACAUCAGAGCGUAAGCAGUGUGAUGCUGCUGAGUGUUUGCAGAACAUUCUAAGAAGCCUGACUGAUUCAGUGGCCUCACAGCUAUUUAAAGGUGUGAUAAUGCGCAAGAACAAAUGCUCUAAAUGUACGAAGGAGACCGGAACAUCUGAGCAAUUCUGGAGUCUUCCUCUUGAACUGGUGGAUAGUUUCCAAGACUAUAGUGUGGCCGAUGGCAUCAUCAAGUAUUUCAGCGAGUCUAAUGUCAGUGGACAAGACCAAUUGUUCUGUGUAGACUGCAACAGCAAGUCCGAUUCUACUGAUAAACUGGAAAUACAGCACCAUCCAGAAGUUCUGACACUAGAGCUGAAAAGAUAUAAAUUCAACUACAUUUUGAAGGAGGAUGCCAAAAUCACCUGCAUGGUGCAAAUUCCCAUGUUCCUACAAAUCCCAUCAACUGGAGACCAGAGUCAGAGAUAUGAGGUGUACGCAUGUGUGGAGCUUUUUGGUGACAGAAAGAGAAAUGGAAUAUACACUGUAAACAUAAAAUCCCAGGAUGAUGACAAAUGGUACCACUUUAAUGGCAUCAGUGUCAGACCGAGUUGGCCCCAGCCCUUCCAGAGGAGUGAAGAAGAAAAAAACAAGAAUGCCUGCCUGCUGUUCUACAGGAAAAUUCCUGCUCCAAACAUCAAAGAGGCGUCUACAUCUGGAGACGUAGAAACAGAAAAAACAGCAAAAAAUGAAAUGGAUGUAGAGACAAAAGAACAGAGUGGUAGUGAGGCAGCAGCACAGGAACCUGAUGAACAGGAUAAAACGAGUUUGAUUCCAGGCUUCAAGUACAAGGGCUUGCUGAACCAAGGAUCAACAUGUCACCUGAACAGCGUUCUCCAGGUGUUGUUCAUGACCAGAGAGUUCAGAGAGGCCGUGGAAAGGUACAACAAUGAAGACGACUCUCCUGAUUUCCAUCUUAAAAGUCUUUUUAUGGAUUUGAAGAAAAAUACAGGCGACACUAAACACAUCACUAAGAAACUGGACAUUACAUCAGGUACACUUAAGAUUUCUUUCAUGCUGACAAGUUACUGGUUUGCAAGAGUAUGA